AUGAAACUGCUAAAAGAAUCGCACAGUCUUUUACAAUCCAAAUAUUUUGAAUUAUUAUCCAAGGAAAAGAAAUUAGAAAGGUCUAUCGAUGUUGAUACUAUCACCUUGUUAAAGACAAAAAUUGAGCUUCAAAAUUAUACGACGCUUUUGAAAAGAUCCUUUGGCCUUCAAGGGGAUGCUUACGUGGCCAUGGAAAAUACUGAUUUGGCUGCUUAUGCAUAUGCAAAUAGUGACAAACCUAUGGCAGAUAUUUUCAACAAACUUUCUGUGAGAGAAGAAUCAUUGCUGUUAUUUUUAGAGCAUAUUUUGUUUGAUAAGGAGAAUCACUGGUCAUUAGACAACCUUUCAGAAGAUUUAGGAAAUCAAAUUCUUACUAUUUACAAACAACGAAUUCCUCACACGUUAUCUACUGUGAUAUUGGCUAACAGUUUCCCUUACUCAAAGAAUCAUGCUCUAGCUCUAUUGGAAGAAAUUAAUUUAGAAUAUGUGAAAGCUCAACAAUUAACAUUGUCACGAUUUGAAGAACACUCGAUUGAAAAGAAUGAUAUAUAUCCACAACAAAAUGAACAAGUCCUGUCCUGGUUUGAAAUUAUGCCUAAGGACGCCAUGGUACUCGCAUUACUUCAUCUGCAAACUGGUAACGAGGAAAAAGCUGUUGCAAUUUUCAAGUCCGUGGAAAGCCAUAUUCUUGUAGAAUUUAUAGUUUUAAAUCCAUCAUUGCUGUUACCAAAUGCCACCGUUGAAAAAUAUUCCAAGUUGGCCAUUGUGUUCAGAAAGUAUUUCCCUUGGUGUCUUGUUGAAUCCAUAAAUCGACUAACAGCAAGCAAUUCGUGCCCUUUAAGCAAUAACCAAGUAUUGGACUUACUGAAAGAAGAUAAUUCGCAAAUUUUUGACCAUGUAGAGACGCCCUUAACUUCUCUUCUUAUGCAACAAACGUAUCUUUCCACAUGUUUAAUUUCCAGUGACCUAUCCAAUGAAUCCAUGCUUAAAGAGAUUGGAAUCAAACUCAUGCAAGUUUUUGUAGAAGAGCUCGUACAUAUUACCUCUCUUCUGAAAGAAACAAAUAUCAACGGUUUGGUCAAUGAAACCAAGAAGAAAGUGUUGGAGUUGCACUCGCCAACCAUGACCUCUUCCACUCAGUCCCCAAUAGUCAUUAGUGAUUCGGGUGAAAGGUUGCAACCUCAAACCCAAAAUUUAUUCUCUUACAUGGAGAAUCUGAAUGAAUUGAGACAAUAUUGCUCAUUCCUUCAUUACUCGUUAAUACCGUUUAGAGAAAAUCUAGAUUGGCUUCGAAAAUUUGUGAAUUACGAAUUUAACAGAAAUCAAACAGAGUUGAGUAUUCUCUCCGAGUCGAAAGACAUCUUAUCAGAGAAGUAUAGUGAAAUUCUGAAUUUUUUGGACGAACUUUCCAUUUAUGAAAGCACUUUACUUUCCAUCACUGAAAAUGAUCCCUUAUUCCUAUUAGUUCACAUCUUGCAAAAUGCACAAGGAUUAAUCUGCUAUUUUUCUCAAUUCCUGUCGACCAAUAGAACUGAAAUAUUUUCUCAAUUUGUUGAAGUCAUUCAGAUCCAUGAAGGGAAAUUUAUUGGCUUCGAUAAUUUAAAAUUACUUUGCAUGAUGGUCUCCAAGCAAUUUAAACAAGCCAUUGAACGGUUAUUGAUCCUAUUGGGUCACGGAAAACAAGAAGAUGAUGCUCUUGAUGUAUUAUUUGGAUUCAUUGAAAGUCGCUGUAGCACUCUCAAUGAUUGGAAAGAUGUUUUGGAUUUGAUCUUUUCACAUUUGAGAGGGCAUGAACAAGCCAAUCAUGAUGCUUCUCAUUCUGUGUCACCUAUGUUUUUGUAUUCACUUCUCGAUAGAAUUUUGAAACUUUUAGCUCAUUCAUGCACGCCAGAUGAUUUCCUUCCUCUCAUUCCACGGAACGGAAGCAUGAACUUUUUCUAUCGCUAUAUUCAAAUGUGCUUUUCUCACUUUUCCUUAUUGACAUCUCCAUUCAACCACAACACCACCUACUUGACAUCUUCUACCAAUUCUCCGUUUGAAAUUUUGUGA